AGCAGUUUUCCUUAUGUUACUGGAUUGUUCGGUAGUAUACUGCCUGCAAUAACUUUAAAAACAUUACAUUAGUGUAAAAAAAGUGUUGUAAAAGAAAAAAAAUAUUUCUUAAUAAUAAAAACCAAGCUAAUUUCUGAUUCGUUAAUAAUUAUGUAUUAAUCACAUUCAAUUCAGAUACUUUUUUCUACGCAAUAUCUCAUAUACUCAAAUAAAUUUUUGUUGUAAUUUAAACUGCGUUUCAAUGUCAAUGAUAAGAAGAAUCACAUUAGAGGAGGAAAUAAAAAAAAAUCCUCAAUUGAAGCUAUCCGAUAUACAAUCACUGAGAGAAUGGUGCGAGAAACAACCCCACUUACCAAAAAUUGAGGAUAGCUUUCUCGCUUUGUUUCUUCACAGCAAUUAUUAUAACAUAGAACCAACUAAAAAUACAAUUGAGAAUUAUUACACGACAAGGACACAUUUACCAGAAUUUUUUUGCAAUCGGGAUCCACUUGAAGAAAAAAGGCUACGACAAGUCUUCAAAGUCAUGGCUUUUAUCCCUUUGAGUGGAACAACGAAGGACGGUUACAAGAUGAUGUAUGGAACAUUUUUGAAUGCUGAUCCUUCUCACUAUAACUUUGAUGCUCUCACCAAAUAUUGUUUGAUGCUGUACGAUAUUUUAUUUCUAUCAGAGGGUACAAACAAUGGUUGUAUCUAUAUCACCGAUACUGAUAAACUAUCUUUUGGUCAUGUCGCGCGAAUAAGUCCAUUGGCAGCCAAGAAAGCUUUAUACUAUGUUCAAGAGGCAAUGCCAGUGCGUCUAAAAGAAAUCCAUGUCAUAAACGUACCACCUGCCGUGGAAUUGCUCAUGAAUAUUGUCAAACCUUUUAUGAAGAAAGAGAUGAUAGACAUGAUACAUUUUCAUUCAUCGUUGGAAAGCCUUUCCAAGUACAUUCCGAUAGACGCACUGCCGAACGAGAUGAAUGGAAAAGGAGGUUCAAUACAGGAAUUAGCCGAAAUUCAAGUGAAGCGACUCGAAGACUAUCGUGAAUGGUUCCUGCAAGACGAAGCAACCGGACGUGUUAACGAAGCGUUGAGAAUUGGCAAGAGCAAGUCAGCGAAUGAUUUGUUCGGUGUAGAGGGUAACUUUAGAAAACUCGACAUAGAUUAAUGAAACUGUAGGUAUAAUCUUAUAAGAUUUACAACUAUAACGAUUUAUAUGUAUGAAUACGGUUAUAACUAAUUAUUACAUUUUCAUAUGGGAUUUUUUUUUUUGUAGUAAGUAGGGUAAAGUCGGUUCUUUACGCCGCGGGAGGAUGUACGCCGCAGUAGUCAGAAAAAAUAGAAGAAAUAAAGAUAGUUUGCUCACAACCACUAUGUGCCUUUAUGCUAUAUUAAUAUUGUAUUGUAAUUACAGUUCUUUAUUGUUAUUAACAAAUUUUUUAUUAUAAUAUUAACAAAAAUAUCUUGUAUCAAAUUAAUUUUUUCAUAUAGAAGUAGCGCGAUCGUGUAUUACCAUCUACGUAAAAUGAUUACUGUAGAAAAUAUAAAAGGCAUAAUGAUUAUUUCAUAAUAUGUAAAUGUAGAGCGAUAGUAAAGGAUGAAAUACAAGGAAGAUACAAAUGCAUA